CUCCGAAGUCUCACAAGAGGUUUCUAGCUCAAUUUUUGACUCUGAAAUGAAAUCACAUGAUAGUUUUGUCGCUGAAAAUGAAACAUGUUUGACCUUAGAAGCCAUAGAAAAAGAUGAGACAUCUGAAAUUGCCGCUGAAUCAACUGAGGAAACAGAUGUAUCAGAAAUCCCGUUUGAAGUGUCGUCUCACGAAACAGGUUUAAUAGAGAACAAAGUUUUGGAAGUCGACGAGACUAUCGCUAAAGAAUACGUCCAUGAAAUAGCGGAAGAGAUUGCUGACCAGCCAGGGAGUUCCGAAAUUGCAUCUGAAAUGACUUCUCACAAGACAGAGUUAGCUGAAAACAAGGUUUCAGAAUUUGACGAAACGGUUGAGAAAGAAGACGUUUCUGAACUUGCCGACGAGGUUGCUGAUCAGCCAGAGAGUUCCGAAGUUGCAUCUGAAAUGACUUCUCACGAGAUAGAGUUGGCUGAAAGCAAGGUGUCAGAAUUUGACGAAACGAUUGAGAAAGAAGACGUUUCUGAACUUGCCGACGAGGUCGCUGAUCAGCCAGAGAGUUCCGAAGUUGCAUCUGAAAUGACUUCUCACGAGAUAGAGUUGGCUGAAAACAAGGUGUCAGAAUUUGACGAAACUGUUGAGAAAGAAGACGUUUCUGAACUUGCCGACGAGGUCGCUGAUCAGCCAGAGAGUUCCGAAAUUGCAUCUGAAAUGACUUCUCACGAGACAGAGUUAGUUGAAAACAAGGUAUCAGAAUUUGACGAAACGAUUGAGAAAGAAGACGUUUCUGAACUUGCCGACGAGGUCGCUGAUCAGCCAGAGAGUUCCGAAGUUGCAUCUGAAAUGACUUCUCACGAGAUAGAGUUGGCUGAAAACAAGGUGUCAGAAUUUGACGAAACUGUUGAGAAAGAAGACGUUUCUGAACUCGCCGACGAGGUCGCUGAUCAGCCAGAGAGUUCCGAAGCUGCAUCUGAAAUGACUUCUCACGAGACAGAGUUAACUGAAAAUAAGGUGUCCGAAUUUGACGAAACAGUUGAGAAAGAAGACGUUUCUGAACUCGCCGAUGAGGUCGCUGACCAGCCAGAAGUGUCUGAAAUUGCGUCUGAAAUGACUUCGCACGAGACAGAUUUAGCUGAAAAUCAAGCCGAUAUGGUGCUUGAAACAAUAUCUAUCGGCUCUCUUGCAAGCACUGAAGAUCUAUCAAGUGAGAAAACGUCCGAGGAGACAGUUUUGAACGUUUUCGACCUUGCUGACUCAGAUUUGAAUGUGGUAACUGCCGUUGAAAAGGAAGAACAAAAUGAGGAAGAGUUCAUAGCGAUAAUGGGAGAUUUGGUUCCUGUAGAAUCGGAGCAAGAUUUCGUUCCUGAUGAAUUUGCAAUGAACGAUUCCGAGCUGGCUGAAAAUAUUUGUAGUCAAACUAACGAAAAUGUUGAUCAAGACCAAGUAUUAAGCUUAGAAGGUUUCACUGAAGAUACCUCAAAAGUUUCAGAAGAGGCUCAACAUUAUGUUUUGGCUUCAGAGGAAACUAAGCUUCCGAUCAGAAAAAGCGCCGAACUCCAAGUUUCUGAAACUUAUGACUCCAUUGGCGUGCAGUUUGAGAUAUCGGAUGAGGCUGUAGAGUUUAAGCCCAAAGACGAAGAUGAAGACGAGGAAAUUGACGAAGAAUUACAGCCUUCUAAGUCAAAGAAGGUCGAAACUCCAACAGGUUGGAAGCUACCAGAUCUGACCAAAUUAGACGGGGAAGAUAUUUAUUUCGACGAAGAUUUUUUGGGAGAGUUUGCUCUUGACUUUUCUCCUAUCAAUUGUGGCGUGGAGAUAGAGCAAAGAGACUUCUGUGAAAGCGACAAGUUUGUCCCUCAAAUCAUCAAAAGCAAAGGUUUUCAAAUAUCUGAGCUCUACUCAAAUCAAGAUUUUGAGAUUUCCGUUGAACAGGAAGACGAAACUAAAGUUCAAGUUGAUGAAAAUGAAGAUGAGGAGGAAAUUGACGAAGAAAUUGAACCUUCUAAGACGAAAAAAGUGGAAACUCCUACCGUCUGGAAGUUGCCAGAUCUAACUAAACUGGACGGCGAAGACAUCUUUUUCGACGAAGGGGUUUUGGGCGAGUUUGCUUCAGACUUUGCCCCCAUUUACUGCGUUGAAGUUACCGAACAGAAGGAGGUCUUUGAAGGCAAGAAGUUUGCACCUCAGAUUAUCAAAAGCAAAGAAAUGCAAAUUUCGGAAUUGUACAUGAAACAAGAUUUCGACGUUGAAAUUACAGAAGAAGAUGAAACCGAAGUUGAAGUUGAGGUCGAUGAGACCGUUGAUGAAGUGGUCGAGUCAAAAACACUCGAAAAAGUAGAACUCAAAACCGACUGGGACCGAGUUAAGAGUCCCGAGUUGGUGAAGGCAGGAAGCGAGACUGAAGAAAUUGAUCUCGAGUCUUCAGAGUCACUGCAAUCAUUGGUACUUGAGGCUCCCAAGGAAGAGUUUGAGGACUUCAAAGACGUUGUGGGACCAGUAAAUGUUACCGAAUGGGAGAUCUUGAUGCAAACGGAACACAACGAGGCUGAACACAGUGGGUCUGAGCGAAGUUUUGAUGACACCGAAGUCAAUGAGUACGUAUGCACCGUUUCUGCCGAAGAAGAACAAAUUGAAGAGUUGCAGGGAGUCAUCUCUGUCAAAGUUGAAGAGGAUAUCUUGAAUGACAUGGUCUCAGUCAUUGUUGGACAAGCUGUCGACGAUUUUGUACAGGAGAAACUGUACUCGAUCGCAAUCUCAGAAGAAAAAACCGAAGAUGCGACCGACUUCCAGUUUGACGAAAUCAAGUUCUCAGUUGAUACUCGAGAAGCCAUCGACGAACAAAUGUACGAAGUUGUGUCAAAAACUGAGGAGAGUCGAGAAGAGUUCAUGGAAGUUAAGGUUUCAGAACACGCUGAAACUUUGGAAAAAAUGCAAAUAGUCAAAAUUGAAACCGAAGAGAUCAAAGAUGUUUCAGAUACCGACAGCACUGGAAGUGAACUCAUGCUAACAGUCAAUGUUAUUGAAGACCACGAGAGUGAAAAGUUCGAAAUAUCAUCUGAAGAUUCUUCGAACGUUCCUGAGAGCAAAGUGAACAUCGGUAUAGAGAUUGACGAGGAAAAAUACGAAGAGCUGGAAGAAACUGAACUGAAAGUGUUGGUCUCAGCUGAAGAGAAGCAAUCUCAAUUUGACAUUUUGGUUUAUAAUGACGAAGAAAGUAAACCAGAAAUGUCCAAAGUGCAAAUCGAAACCAGUGAAGUUACAGAAAGCGAAGAUAUAGCUGAAAUCUCGUGCAUAGUCAAGGAGACUUCAGAAGAGAACGUCGUAAUUGAUUCGACCGAAAUCAUAGAAUCCGAACAUGUUAAGCAUCACCGCGAGAUGAUCACAGAGGAAUUCCAGGAAACGAGAGAGAACUUCAAGGAAACAGUUGAAGUUGAUAGCGAAACUGAAUCCAUUAUCAGCGAAGGAUCUUCGACUGGUGAAAAAUCGUCCUCGAGCGAAGCUGAGUUGGAACACUAUCAAGUUAUCGUUUCAGAGGAAUCUCGAGCUGCUCUCGGCGAAACCGAAAUCAUUGUUGGCGAGGAACAGCAGAGAAAUGAUGUGAUCAACGUCGAAGUUGGGUCUAUAGAAGGCGAGGAAUUGGGAACCGAGGAGAUAUCAUUACAUAUAAUAACAGACGAAACGGGCGAGCAGCCGAAACCGGGAUCGAUAGAAGUUUCAGUUCAUCAAGAAUCGUUUGAUGAAGAGGUUUCGUUAGUAUCAACAGAGACUGUCAAUUACAGAAUAACGGAAGCAAACGUGGAUGUUUUGGAGCAGUUGGGAGCAUCAACCGAUCAUUUUUUAUUGCCAGCGCCGCUGAUGGAAUCGCCAUCAGCGCCACACGCCUUGUCUACCGGGUUAACCAGCCAGCCUACAGUAAGCUCAGAAGUCUAUCGGUCAGCGGAAGCAGCGACCAAUCAGAUUUUAGCUUGUCCCAUGGAAGAUCUCGUAGCGUCAUCAGUCAGUUCCGAGAAGCUCGAGUGUUCACAAGCGAACACCUUAGCUUCUCAGGAGACAUCCUUGACAUUUGAACAUGUCUGCGAACAGGACUCUACGACUGUUAUGGGACACCCCGACUCGAACGACAAAGCCGAAGAAAAACUCAAAUCGAAUUCCUCUGCUCUCUUGCAAUUGGCAACAUCAAAGCAGGAUUUCAUCGAGGAGGCUUCUUCGGAUUCCUUCGAGAGUUCAACUCUGGCAAUCAGCGGCGAUCUGGCAGCUCAAAUCACAACCGAAACAUCAGAAACAUCUUCACAAUUUGUAGCGAAAUCUCAACGGGCACCGGAAGAGCAAAUCGAAGCAGUCGUCAUUCAAUCAGAAACUGAAGUUGAAGAAAAAACUGAAAUCAACGUUUCGGUCGACGAACACGAUACUGUCGAUGUCGAAAUCGAAGCGGAAGAAGCGACGAUUGAAAUGACAUUAGACGACAAGACUGAAGAAGUUUUGGAUGUCGAAAUGGAAGUUCAAGAAACUCAAGAAGAUCAAAUGCUUGAAAUAGCAAUUUCAGAACAGGAGGAAAACGUUUCCGACUUAAGUGUAAAACUUGACGAAUCAGUUGCAGAAAAUGUUUCGGCUGAGUUUGACGUAGUCGUGGAUGAUGUCACUUCAGACCAGGUGGAAUCGACAGAAGUAGUCUUAGGACAGUCGGAGGAGGUUGCCAUGACAACGCAAAUCACGGUGGAAGAGAAAGGCGAGAGCAGUGAUGACGUCAUUGCCUUCGAGGUUGAGAAGGUACAUGACCGGGAUGUAGUAAGUGAAGUUGAAAGUUCAGUAGAGGUCGUAGCAGAAACCACCCAGGUAGAACUAGAGGUCAGAACGACGGAAGAAGAAUCGAGCUCCGAAGUGACGUUUUCUGUUCAAAAUGAGGAAACCGGAGAUCAAGUUUCGUUUGAAAUAGUGGAAGAAAGUCGAGAAACAACUGUGAAAUCUUCAGCCGAUGAAAUUGAAAGUGAAGUUUCUAAUGAAGUGAUCCAACAAGUUCAAUUGCAGUCUGAGAGUUCUGCCGAGGUUGAGAUUCUUGAUGAUUUCGAGGAACAACAAGAAAUAGUUUACUCAUCAGAGUUGAAGGUAGAGCAGGACGAAAGAGAAUCUGUAGAACAUGUAAUAACAGACGUGGAAACAAUUGAAACCAGUAUUGAUUUGAUUGCAUCGGGCAGAAACGCUUCCGUGGAACAAGAAAACUGUGUAAAUGAGAAAGAAGUAAUUUCGUCUGAAACUAUUCUGACGAAACCUCAUGAUGUUGUGAGCGAAAUAGUUUCUGAUUCGAUCGAGGAAGUGCAAGUUGACGGUAAAACUGAAAUUGUGACGUCAGAGAUAAUCGAAGAUUUCUCAGGUGACCAGCCAAUCUCAAACAUUUUGCAAUCUGUAGUCGACGAAACGAAAAAUGAGACUGUCGAAAUUUCCUUGUCUUCUGAAACUGAUAAUGAGCAGCGAAUUGAAAUGCAGGUUGAUGAUAAAUAUGUUAUUGAGUCUGAACAAAUCGAUGUGUUUGAAAAAGAAUCUACGGAAGAGAUCACCAUCCACACAAAACAAGAAGAAGUUGUGAAACAUGAGCUAGAAAUUACUGAGGAAACAGAAUCAAACAAAAUCAGCAUAGAGGUAGCCGCGGAAGAAAAAGAAACUGACAUUGAUGUUGCUUUGUCGGAAUCGGAAGCUUCUCAGAGCGAUGUCAACAUUGAAUUAGACAUUCUAGAAAGCGACAAGAGUGAGGUAGACUUUUUAGUUGACACCACAGAAGAUUCCGAUUUCACUCAGACCUCAGAAGUCAAACUGAGCAUCACACAAGAAUCAGAAGAUGCAGACAUGUCAAUGGAAAUCAAGGAAGAGGACUUUGAAAACGCUGAAGAGCUAUCAGUUGAGGCGUCCACGCAAGAAAUCAAUCAUGAACAGGAAACAAAAGAAGUGAACAUCGAAAUAACCGGCGAUGAUAAAGAAGAUCAACUCGAUUUUGCUUUAUCAGAAUCCGAAGCAUCUCAAAGUGAUGUCAACAUUGACUUAAACAUCGAAGAAAGUGACAAGAGCGAAGUAGAUUUUGUAGUUGAUACCACAGAAGAUUCCGAGUUCACUCAGACAUCUGAGAUCAAACUGAGCAUCACGCAAGAGACAGACGAUGCCGAUAUGUCGAUGGAAAUUAAGGAGGAGAAAGUUGAAAAUGUCGAAGAGCUAUCAGUUGAAGCGUCCACCCAAGAAAUCACUCAAGAACAGGAAUCAAAGGAAGUGAACAUCGAAAUAACUGGCGAUGAUAAAGAAGAUCAACUAGAUUUUGCUUUAUCAGAAUCCGAAGCAUCUCAGAGUGAUGUCAACAUUGACUUGAACAGCGAAGAAAGUGACAAGAGCGAAGUAGACUUUGUAGUUGAUACCACAGAGGAUUCCGAGUUCACUCAGACAUCUGAGAUCAAACUGAGCAUCACGCAAGAGACAGAAGAUGCCGAUAUGUCGAUGGAAAUUAAGGAGGAGAAUGUUGAAAAUGUCGAAAAGCUAUCAGUUGAAGCGUUCACACAAGAAAUCACUCAAGAACAGGAAUCAAAGGAAGUGAACAUCGAAAUAACUGGAGAUGAUAAAGAAGAUCAAAUCGAUAUUGCUUUGUCAGAAUCCGAAGCAUCUCAGAGUGAUGUGAACAUUGAAUUGGACAUCGAAGAAAGUGACAAGAGUGAAGUUGAGUUCGUACUUGACACCACAGAGGAUUCCGAGGUCCACCAGUCUUCUGAGUUCAAACUGAGCAUUGAACAAGAAUCUGAUGAGAGUGAUUUAAGUUUCAAUGUUAAGCAAGAGGACGUUGAGUUCGAAGUGGCAUCGGUGAUCAAAGAUGAACUUGCUUCUGACCAGUUAGUUGCUCUCGAGGAAACUAAAGAUGAUGUUGUUACUUCAGAGGUUCUAGAAUCAUUCACAGAUGACCAGAUUGUUACUAACGUUACGGAGACCGUUAUCGAAGAACAAUCGAAAGAAACUGUUAUAGUCGAAACUUCAGAGACUGACGAUGUUCAAGUUCAAUUUGAAAUGGAAAGCACUGACAAUGAAGUAGCUUUUUCAUUGGACGUCAAAGAAUAUGAAAGUGAAGUUACUUCAAGUGAAACGGCUCUGAUUGCUUCUACUCAGGAGCAAGAAGAGAUAGACAGUGACAGUAUCCAAAAGCCUGUAGAAAAGCAAACGGAAUCAGUCGAAGUUUCUAUUGACACUUUAGAAGAAUCAAGUUCCGAAGUUGUUGCGAGCAAAAUUGUUGAGUCCGUUUUGGAAGUCGAUAGCAGCGAAACAGUUCUAGCCGAAUUGAUGGAAGAUGUGAAUGUUGACGUUUCCUUUGAUAUUGAAGCAGAUGAGAAAAAUAUACUUACUUCUGAAAGUAUCGAAGUCUUCGAGAGGGAAACCUUGACAUCGACAACGGAGCAUUUCAAACAGGAAGAGUUUGCUGUGAAACAAGAAGAAAUAAGUUCCGACUCAGUAGCUGAAAAAUUCAGCAUCGAGGUGAAUUCAGAGGAAAAAGCAGAAAAUGAUAUUGAUGUUGCUUUGUCAGAAUCCGAACGUUCUCAGAGCGAUGUCAACAUUGAAUUGGACAUUGUUGAAAGUGACAAGAGUGAAGUUGAUUUUGUAAUUGACACCACAGAGGAUUCCGAGUUCAAUCAGAGUUCCGAGGUCAAACUUAGCAUCACACAAGAAUCAGAAGAUAACGAUAUUUCAAUGGAGGUCAAGGAAGAGAAUGUUGAAAAUGUCGAACAGUUGUCUGUGGAAGGUAAGAAAUCAUUUUUUUGUUUCUUUCUUACAAUGAACUCAUAA